AUGCCGCCCGAAGGUACUGAUCCAGAAAGAGAAGUACCAGAAGAAAAGAUAAAAGAGGAGGAAAAUAAGGAGGGGCCUGGAAAAGAGGAAGAAGGAGAGAAAAAGAAGGAAGAAAAAAAAGAUGAUGGAGUAAUAGACGAUAUCAUUGCCAACAACGCUGUUGAUGCACCUCCUGUUGAGCCGGAAAAUGAAAUAAUAUUCACAAAGGCCAAGGUGUUUGAAGAGGAAGAGCUUUCUUUCUGGAAUAUAGACAGCUAUUUGCACAGUAAGUUCUCCUAUAUCCCCGAGGUCAUUAGAAGACUAAUAGAAAUUACCAUUGUGGUAUUUCUAUUCAUGGUUUUUCCUCUAGUUCUUUCGUUUUUGGAAGAUGGAAAGGAAGUAUUAUACCUCCCGAAACAGGUAUUUCAGAACACCGGACAAGGCCCAACAUACUUAUUUUUUCGGAUCAACCUUUUCAUAUCAAUGUGUUAUGUGAUUUACGUGGUGGUCUCUCUGUUUGCAAGUAACAUACUCUAUAUCAUGGUUGGGGUUCUAAACUUCUUUAACUACGAUCUUGACGAGUACACCAUAGAGAUCAUUCAAGUGAUAAACUCGACGUCGUGGUGCUGGAAGCAAUCCCUAAUAGCUGCUCUGAUUUUUUUGGCUGCAUCAAUCACCUCCCAGCCGUAUGAUUUUGGAAAAAAUGAUGGAAGUUAUAAGUACAAAGUCGUCACCAUGAUACUUAUGUACUCUGUCUUUAUAUUUGUUGUGUUUCUUGAGAAAUUCUUUAUGUGCUUUAUGAUUUCAGAGAUAAGAAGAAAGGAAUACAGAAACAGAAUAUGGGAUAUCAAUUACAAGACAUUUGUGUUCAAGAAGCUUGCAGCAAUUUCCGAGGUUUCUUCGUCCGAAAGGAAGGAGCUUGCAGAAACCAUCCAGCCAGACUUCGAUCCAGGGUUUUAUUUAAAAUAUAACGACUUAAAACUGAACUCGGUGGAAGCUGCAGAAAUGGUUGCCGAGUCGAUAUUUGGAUUCCUGGAAGUUCAAACGAUUAUAUACGAAGAUUUAGAGAAGUUCUUUCCCGACAAUCACAAAGAAGUGUAUACAUACCUGGCAGACAACUCGGAAGUUAAAGAUAAAGACAAUCCUCCAAUAACGUUUGAGGACCUUAAAGCCAAGGCAAUAGCCUUGUAUAAGGAGAGGACAGACAUAUCAAGAACUCUUCAGUCUAGAGACAUUAUCAUAAACAAGUUAGAUAUAAUACUGGUUGGAAUUGCAAUGUACUUCGGGGUUAUAUUAGUGAUGAUUCUCUUAGGAAUCAACUACGAAGGGAUGCUUGCGGCCAUUGUUCCAUCAAUAGUUACCUUCAGUUGGAUAUUCUCCGAUACUGUCAAGGAGAUAUAUAAUUGCUUUAUAUUUCUUCUAGUCAACCAUCCCUACGAUUGUGGAGAUAGGGUUGUAAUCGAUGGGGAAGAACUUUAUGUGUCCUCUGUUGAUCUCCUAUCAUCCACAUUCACUGGAGUGAAUGGGAGACAAGUACUCAUACCGACAUCUACUCUGUUCAGAGCAAAGAUCCAUAACAUAAGAAGAUCAGGAAAGCAAUUUUCUGAGGUCAGCAUCCUAGUAAGUAGGAAAACUUCAUUUGAUGCAGCACUCAGGCUUAAGGAUGGAAUUGCAAAAACAUUUUCUGAGUCUACGAAGUCAUUUUCGGGGGAGAUUUAUAUCCGAGACUUCAGGACUGAAGGAGAAAAUGUCAAGAUAAUUUUUGCAAUACAACAUCAGUCUAACUUCCAGGAUGUUAAGAAGAAAUACAGCAGAAGGGCUGAAAUUGUAAAUAUACUAGAAAAGGAAAUGAGAAGCCAGGGAAUAGAGUACUUAAACUCAUACAGAUUCAGUGAUUAG